CAGGAAGUGACAAUAUCGAGGAAGGAUACGAGAGCUGGAUUUUUGUGCUUCUUGCAUUUGUUUUCUUAAAAUAUACAGCCUGCGAUAGCAAACAGGGUCCCGGAGAGUCGCUGCAACUGGCUUUUUAACAUUGCACGUAGAAGUAGCCCGUGAAGAUGAUGGACCCGGCACUUGCCGAGAUGGGAAACCAUCUCUCUGAUGCCAUGAAGAUUUUGGAAAGUGGAAAAUUGGAGACAGAACAGGUCAAAGCGAGAAGAAAGCUGAGUUGGAAAGACAUACCGGGACCCUUACAAGUAGACGGACAGGAUGUUGUGAGCAUACUCCAGCUAGUCCAGAACCUGAUGCAUGGAGAUGAUGACAUGCAGGGUCAUCGCAGGAUGCAGUAUGUUGGAGAGCAGGGACACAUGGCUCUAUUGGGACACAGUCUGGCUGCAUAUAUUUCUGUACUGGAUCGAGAAAGACUGAGAAAGCUGACCACACGCAUCCUGUCAGAUACCACUCUCUGGCUCUGCAGGCUUUUCAAAUAUGAAAACGGCUCAGCUUAUUACCAUGAAGAUGACCGUGAGGGGUUGCUGAAGGUGUGUCGGCUGGUCAUUAAUACUCAGUAUGAAGACUAUGCUACUGAGGGCUUUACUGUGCUCAGCUCUAAGCAGCCUGUUAUUUACCAAAGUGCUGCAUGCAGACCUGGCCUGGGACAACAUCUCUGCAGCCAGCUGGGGCUGCCUCUGUCAAGUCUUUGUAUUGUACCCUGUAACACAAUGUUUGGUUCCUUGCACCAAAUGGAUGUUGCAUUGCUUGACAAGUUGAUCAAAGAUGAUCAGGACUCAGGGAAGGUUCCGCUGUUGUUGAUAGCGAAUGCUGGAACGCCAGGUGCAGGUCACACAGAUAAACUCAGUCGUCUAAAAGAGCUCUGUGUUCAGUGCAACAUGUGGCUCCAUGUAGAGGGGGUGAAUUUGGCAACACUUGCUCUUGGUCAGGUCUCCUCUACUGUCACGGCAGCCACCAAGUGUGACAGUAUGACUUUAACCCCAGGCCCAUGGUUGGGUUUGCCAGCUGUGCCUGCUGUCACUCUCUACAGACAUGAGGAUCCAGCUCUGUCUCUUGCAGCCGGUCUGACUUCCAGCCAACCAGUUGAGAAGCUGCGGGCUUUACCGCUCUGGCUGUCCCUGCAGUACCUUGGGCACGAUGGGAUUUUAGAGAGGAUUAGGCAUGCCGCACAGCUAAGUCAACAGCUGUUGGAGCUUUUAAAGACACUGGCUUCAAUAAAGACCUCGGAUGUCCUUGAAAGUGAGGUGUCUCUUCUCGAGGCUUUACACAUGGUGGAGGAUGAAUUGAAUUCUCCAGUGGUCGUCUUCAGGUUUUCACAAGAGUGCAGUGCACCGUCAAGUGGCGGCUCAGUAGAGGAAUAUUUUGCAGGGGAAAGAGAGAUUCUUGAUGCUCUUAACAGAUGGUUGGGUGAGCAGUUGGCACAGCAGGUGCCCAUCAGUGGUGUGGAUGUGGUUGAGCUGGAAGAUGAAGGUGCAUGUGUUCGUUUCAACCCCCUCAUGACUGCUGCAGUGCUUGGUACUCAGGAGAAUGAUGUGGCUGCACUGGUGGAGAAGCUGGGAGAGAUGAUUCCAGUACUGAGCUGCACCCUGCACUUCAGACAGGACUUCAAAAAUGAGGUGCUUCAACAGGCUUCUCUUUCUUACAUUGAGGAUCUGAGCUGGCCUGGUCUGGGGGGUGUGAGGUAUGAACCCAGAAGCACAGAUCUUGAUGAAGAUAAGAGACAACAGAGUGUGGAGGGGAUCAACAGCGACUUGCUUAAGAAACUGAAGGAGCUGGAUACAGACCUGAGCUUCUCUAUUGGCCCUGAGUUUUGUGAAGAGAAAAAUUGCAUAUUUAUUGGAAUGGCUACAGAGGACCUAGAUGUUGCAGAGCUGGUGGAAACUAUAGUAUCUCUUGGAAAAGACAUUGAAGAAAGUGGAAAGUUAUUUGAGAACAUGACUGAAGUAGUAAGAAAAGGCAUUCAGGAAGCUGAGCAGCAGCUUCAGAAAGCCAAUGAAGAGAAGCUUAUGGAGGAGGGUGUACUUCGGCAGAUCCCUCUGGUGGGCUCUGUGCUAAACUGGUUCUCUCCGGUGCAGGCCUCUGUCAAAGGCAGGACUUUUAACCUGGCUGAAGGUUCUGUAGACAGCACUGAGCCAGUGUACUCCAUUAAAACCCAGAUGAGUAAAGACGCCUUCCCUGAUUCCCCCAAGUCCAGCGCCAAACGGUUCCCAGGCCAAAAACUCUUCCAGCGCCAUGGAGCAGGCUCAGACUCUAUCAGUGAUACCAGCUCUGUUGGACAGCUUGAAGAAUCAUUCAGGGAAGCAGCACCUAUCCAGUCUGCAGAGGAGGAUGUGGCUGAGGUCCCUCAGGAGCACUCUUCACAUGCAGAUGAGGAAACGGUCUCAUCAGACCAGCGUCUACCAGAGGGCCAAGAGACAGAGAGUGCAGACGCACUUAGAUAAGAUCACUCCUGAAUGGAUGUCCAUGCGGUUGCGCUCUGAAUAACAGUGGAACCUGCAUCCAUGUCCUUGAUGCCUUGAGCAAUUCACUCUUGGAAAAAGGGAUAGUUCACCCAAAAAUGAAAAUCCUGUCAUCAUUGACUAAGAAAGAAAGCCAUAUAUGUUUAACGUGUUUAACUGACGUGUUUAACUUUAGUCAUAAGUGAGUAAAUGAUGACCGAAUUUAAAUUUUUGGGAGAACUGAACUUUUAGAAAUGAAGCAGCUUUAAAUGCAAAUAACAAAACACUGUCUGAAUAUACGUCCAAAUCUAACAUCCCCAUUCUUAGUGAGUAGAUAAGCAAUUGUACAUUUGUAUAUUUUGAUCAGUCAAAUUAUAUUUUAACCUUGGAGUCAGCUCACAAUUGUUUAUGUGCACUGCCAAUGUCUCUCACCAUAAUGGGUGACUUUAGUUUACUUCAAAUUUUGGUUAUGGAUGCUUUCCCUUAUCUAUAGGCCUGUCUAACAGGUUUUUCUUAUCCAUUUAGGCACACUUUAUUUACACAACUUAAGGGCUAUUGUGGCCUCACCAUCAUGAUUACUAAUGUCAAAAUGUCUUGUUUGCCAAAAGCUGGUUUUAUGUUUGCAUUAUUCACUCUUCAUAGGCAGAGACUUACAGAAGAAAAGUUAUGAUGCUUAAAGACUCGUGCAGCUGUUUCUAAUCAAAUGAUAGAUUAUUGCACUUUUAUGUACAGAAUGUCACACUUUAAUCAGAACAACUGAAUAUUUAUUUAUUCUAUAAAUUAUUCUCUUGGAGGACAUUAGGCUAUUUAGAGAAAAGAGUAGCAUUUGCCAAAUUUACAGUAAUUCCCUUAAAGUGUGAGGAUUUCAAAUCACACAGAUCCAUCCAGCACUUUUGGCUUUACCAAUAGUGAAAAUAUGAUUAUACUGCUCUCACUGUGAAGAAUGUGUUUUUUUGAGUAAUUAUUAAUUUUUUUUGGAUGUAUAUGAAGGCUAAAUAUGAUGUACCAAGACGAUUUUUUCUUGUUUACACUAACAUUAAUAUUUUUGGCACACAAAAAGCAUUGCUACUCUGAAAUUGUCUUUUCACACGCAUCAGCAUAUGAAUAUUGUGUGUAUACUCCAUCCAUGAGAAGAAAUUACACUACAGCUACUGUAGAUCACAUCCAUCCAUAUUUUAUUUUUUGGACAGGAAGUGCUCUUUUCAUAACUGUGCUUCCUUAUGGAAUAAUAAUGUAAUUGCCAACCUGCGCAUCCUUUUUCAGACUUAUUCUAUUGGUGCAAUAAAUUAUUGGGAUUUUCUUUGGGGGAAAGGAGUACUGACUUGAAAUAUUGCAUCAAAAGUAAGAAUACUGGUUUUUGUAAUUACAAUAAUUUUAUUUUACAAUGAGCAAUGAUGUAAAGACAAUAAAGAAAAUGGUCCUUAA